UCAGUUCUUUUUCCAGCAGCACAAGGUGAGUCACUGUGUGCUGUCCAGUCUGCUCCACUGGCCGCCAGCAUGGCACGUCUCGGCCUCCCUUUCCUCCUCAUCCUCAGCAUGUCUUUGAUGCAAAUCAGCUUCAGCAUACCGUCCCGGUUCAGGAAAGCUGUGGCCUCUCGACCUUCUGGUGCAGAGGACGAAGAUGUGAAGUCUCAGCUUCAGCGGCUGUGGCAGGAAGUGAAUUCACUGAAAGAGAUGCAGGCCCUGCAGACAGUGUGUCUCCGUGGCAUUAAAGCCCACAGGAAGUGUUACCUGACAGUUGAAGAGCCAAAGCAUUACCAUGAAGCAAAUGAGGACUGUAUUGCACAAGGAGGAACCCUGGCAACGCCUCGAGACAUGAUGGAGAACAACGAUCUGAGGGAUUAUGCAAAGAGGUCUGGUCCAGGAUCAAAGGACUUCUGGAUUGGUGUGGCCGACAUAGUGAAAGAGGGCCAGUACGUGGAUGUCAACAGUCAACCCAUUAGCUUCUUCAACUGGGACCGCUCCAAGAAGCAGCCCACUGGCACCAAGAGAGAGAGCUGCGUGGCUCUGUCAGUAGCAGCACAGGGGAAGUGGCAUGAUGAAGUGUGCCGCAGUCUGAAGAAGUAUAUUUGUGAAUAUAUCAUUCCCUGAACUCAACCGUCUCUAAAAAUGACAUUUAGAAAUUCAGCCUUAAGGCUAAAAUAUUUGUCAUUACUUUUCAUAAAAAGGCAUAAAAAGUCAACAUAUGUUGAUGCAUAUUUCUUCUCAACAGUAAAGUAUGCCACGGUCUAUUAUAAACAGGUUGUUCGGUAUAUGACUUUUUUUCUUUCUUCUGAAUAUCAGUACACUUCAAAUGGAGUUAACAUGCAGAGAACAAUGAAAUGCAAAAAUAAACUUGUGUUUUUCCA